ACGACGUCAAUUAUUUUCGUUACCCCGGGUGGGACAUCUGAAUGAUUAAAGGCAGCGUGAGGUCUUUCUUCGGUUCUCCUGUUGAGCGUCCGACGUUUUCAGUUGGCUAUGGCGGAGGCAGACAGGCCUGGGAAGCUGUUCAUCGGUGGCUUGAACACUGAAACUACAGAAAAAGCUCUUGAAAGCUACUUCAGCAAGUUUGGCCGGAUAUCUGAAGUUCUGUUGAUGAAGGAUCGUGAGACGAAUAAGUCCAGAGGGUUCGCGUUCGUGACCUAUGAGAAUCCUGGUGAUGCAAAAGAUGCUGCGAGGGAAUUGAAUGGAAAGGCCCUGGAUGGUAAACCCAUCAAAGUAGAGCAGGCCACAAAGCCUCAGUUCGAGUCGUCCGGCCGUCGAGGACCUUCAUCAAUGCAUCCACGCAGUCGGGGUUCUCCUCGAGGGCCGCGUGGUUCCAGAGGAGGUCCCAGUGGAAUGCGGGGACCACCGAGCAGAGAACCCUUUUUUAAAGGGAUGUCGUCCAGAGGACCCCCACCAAAAAGAGGACCACCAAUGCGCAAUGGAGGGCCACCACCAAAGAGACCAGCACCUUCUGGGCCAAUGGGCAGACCCCCAAUGUCUAGGGAUCGGGAUCUUUAUGGUCCCCCUCCUCCUCGCAGAGAUUCACUCAUGUCAAGGAGGGAUGACUACCCAUCACCACGUGAUGAUCACUACAGUGUCAAAGACAGCUAUUCUAGUCGGGACUACAUGAGCUCGAGAGACAGCCGGGACUAUGGGCCUCCACCACGUGAUUAUUCAUACCGUGACUAUCCAUCACAGUCCAGUUCCAGAGAUGAUUAUGGUUCUGUGUCUCGCAGCUACAGUGAUCGUGACAGUUAUGGGGGAGGUCGUGAACCUAGAGGCUAUAUGGAGCGAACAAGUGGAGGCUCCUACAGAGAACCUUAUGAUGGUUACGGUAACUCACGCAGUGCCCCACCCUCAAGGGGCCCCCCUCCGUCCUACGGUGGGAGUGGUGGAGGCAGUCGCUAUGACGACUAUGGCAGCGGUUCCAGGGAUGGCUAUGGCAGUCGAGACAGUUACGCCAGCGGUCGGAGUGAGUCGUACUCUGCUAGCCGCCCCGAACGCCCGGCCAGGCAAGACCUCGAGAGAGGCUACCCUCCUCGCCAAUACAGCAGCUCAAGCCGAGGCGCACCUCGGGGUCGUGGAGCUAAUCGAGCAGAUAGAGGAAUGAACCGAAGUCGGUACUGAAAUGGACUCUGUGCUGGAAAAGGGUUAGGUCACGUUGUGAGACAACGGAGAGGCUAAAUUUUUAACUUCUAGAUGAACUUUAAGCUUCGGUUUCAAUCUGUACGCAACCAUGUCAAGUUUUUUCCUGAGUGUUACAGUUUGUUUCUUUCCCCCUGCUCGUCUCACGUUUAAUAGUACUGUUGCCAAUUUAAGUGAUGAGUGUUUAGUUUUGUGCCCUAGUGAUGUUAAAGACAUGCAAUGCCCAAGAGUAUUGUUUUUCAUUUAUCAAUAAAAAUUUUAAUCAAAACA